CACUUAUUAGCACUUUUGUGUUGGAUUAAAUACCUCAGGUCAAACACCAUAGGUACAGAAUGGAAUAACUUAGGAAAAUAAUGGCUUUCUGCUUUCUGAUUAGCCAAAUGUAAUUAUUGGCCCAAAUAUUCCAUUUAUCUUUUUGGAGCUUUAAAUAGAUGAGGUUUUUGUCAUUUAUUAUAACCUAAAGUCUUGACAUUUAAUUUGUAAAUUUAUCAAUAACUUCAAACCAAAUUCCAGUACUUACCAAACACAAUGCAUAUUUACAAUGAACAAAUAAGUGACACUCACGUAAACAUACCAAACAUACCCGACAUACCCGACAAACCUGAACAUCCAAAAUUAACCGAAAUAUUACAGAAACUAACAAUCGACAGCGAAGUCCAUAAUUUGGAAAAAUUGACACUUACGCCCGAAAUAAUCCCAAAAGAUAAGGAAGCAUUACCCGCAGCUCCUUCCUCAAUUCCCGAUAAUAUGUGUAAAAUUCUUACUGAAACGAAAAACUGUUUAAUUACGAACAGUUCUAAUGAAAAUGACAAGACAGUACCUUACACGGAACCAUAUCUACUUUGCUUUAACCAGGAGGGAAUUUAUGUUAAAACGAAAGUUGAUAAUUUGAAUAAAUUGCAAACUGACAAUUCUACAGAAGAUAUUGAAAAGGACAACGAAAUAGAUAAAGAAAUAGAUUUAGAAGAAGGUAACGAAAUAGGUGUAGAUGAAGAUAUAGAAGAACGUAUAGAACAGGAUAAAGAAAUAGAUAUAGAACAAGAUGAAGUAUAUGAAGAAAACGAUAAAGAAAUAUAUACAAAAACAGACAAUGAACAACAAAUAGAAAUCGACGUAGAAAUAGAUAAAGAAAACGAAAAAGAUUUUUCCAGUGCAGAUAUUGAUAUUCACGAUGAGGAAGACAAAAUAUCAGCUACACUGAAAAUGAAAAUUAAAGAUAAGACAAGAAGAUUGGAUAAAGUAACGCCUGUAAAAUACACUAGAAAUGUCGAAAAAAAAGUCGCCAGUGCUUUUCGGAAAGCUUGCAAAACUACCACGCGUCGAGCACUAGCUGACAGUCAUAUAAUAACUACUGAAUUGAGAAGAAAAACUUCCGAAAAAGGUGAUAAACCAAUAUCCAAAACUCAAAGCGAAAAAGUUAUCAUGUCCGCUGAAACGGUAACUCCCAGCAUAGAAAAACUAAAAAUCGAUGCUGCUUCAAGGGAAGAUGGAACGGCUUCUCCUUCCCCAACUCCCGCUGAAGAUACGGUAACGUUCGAAUCGAAUUUCAAAAAUUUUGCAAAAUUCGGAGAUCCCAAGUCAGACGGACGACAAAUCACUCUUUCAAAUAGCGAUAAAUGGAUGAAACAGGCCAAAAUCAUCGAUGGAAAGAAAAUUACGACGACAGAUACUGGUAUUUAUUUCAAAAAAUUAAAGUCACAGAAAGUGACAGUCACUCAGUACAAAACAUUUUUGGAAGAUUUAGCGAAGGCCAAAAAAAUUGAAGUUCAAGAUGUUGUUAAGAAGCUGUCUUCUUGCGGUACGCCAAGCCUACACGGAGUAGGGAACGUUAAGGCGACCGACACAGUAAGCCGACUCACUGACACCUCCAAAUAUACGGGGACGCACAAGCAGAGAUUUGACGAAACCGGAAAAGGAAAAGGGAUCUCUGGACGAAAAGACGUAGUAGAUGGUUCCGGUUACGUUAGCGGAUAUCAAAACAAAGACACAUUCGAAGGAAAAGAAACGAAAUAAAUCAAACGAAGCCAUAUUAUUUUACUACACCUAGACAUACAAGCCAUUCAAUACUCUUUUUCUAAUGAUUUUUUUAAGUGUCUCCAGUAGAACUAUUUAUUGAUCUAGAAUUGUCAUUUUCAGUUAGACUAUUUAUUGUAUAAGGUCGAAGAAUCAGAUUCAAUUCUUCGGUUUUUGAAAAUAACGUAUUUUUACGUUUUGUAAAGGAUAUCGAAAAUAUGUGUACAUUAACACAAAUCGCAUUUUAUGAACGUUAUAAAAUGAUGUAAAACUAUAGUUUAAAAUAUAAAUAUAUUAGGUACCUAUCGUUUUUUUCAAUAGGUAAAGAGAUACAGUUAAGUAAGUCAUAUCAUAUUGAAAUAAGAAUCAAAUCUUCGUCCAGUUAUAUCUAAUGUUCACAAAAAAUAUAGCCAAUUUUCCAAAUUCUAGAUUAAAAAAUGAACUCACGCAACAACAUUGAAGCAAUUUAUGAUAUAUGUUGAAAAAAAAAAAACUAAAAUAGUUUAUUGGAUGAACUAAUAAAUAAUAUUAGAAAGUAAAGCACAUUUUUGCGAUAUAGAAAAAAAGAAAAUACAAUUUCUAAAUACUAUAAAGUAAGAAGUGAUUUUUGUUUUAUUCAUUUAUGUGUUCAUCCUAUUCAACGUCUUCCUACUAUUUUACAGCAUGUCUUUUAAGUACCUAAUUUCUUCCAUUCAGACAUAUUGCUAUUGGAAAAAUUGAAAAAUACAGUAAAUUUAAUAAUGUUUCUUUUAAGUUAUAAAGAUGGCAUAAGUAUAUUACUCUUAAUAUUCUCAUGACACUAAGUUUGUAAAUAAUUAUUUAUAAAUUAUUAAUUUAAUUUGAAUGGAAAAUGCAAUAUAUUUGGGAUCAAAACUUUUUUAAACGGUUUCUCUUUUAUAAACACUAUAUAUAUGAUUAUUUGUGAAUUUAUUUUUAUUAAAGUGUAAGAAUACGACUUUUUGAAUUCUCCAAAUUGCACAUGCUUAAAUUUUUAAAUAUUAACAAAAUUAUAUAUUACAUAAUACAAAACUAUAUAUAUUUUUAAUAUAUUUGCAAAAGGUAAAUCAUUUUUAAAUAAAAUUUAAUGUAUUUUACUGCAGCAAAUUUUUUAAAGUAUUCUAACGCACAAAAUUGAUCUAGCUGCUUUUCACGACGCAAGUUUCAUGCUAUGCAUUUAGGACAAUGAUUGCACAAUAUUCGUUUCUAUAGUUAUCAUUUUGCAAGGUAAAAGUUUAUAGGAAUGGUAGGGAUAUACUGGGUGUCCGCGCGAAAACUUCGGAUGGCUUUUUUCUGGAAAGAUUUAAGUUGAAAUUUUAAAUUUUUGGGGUAUGAGAUAGCAGACGUAAUUCUACAUACUUUUCAUCCAUAGGUACUUGAAAAUAAGCAAAUUUUUAUUAUGGAUGCACAAAAAGUGUGCUCUUUAAUAAUCAUUCAUCAUACAGAGUGUCAUUGAACAUUUUGACGUAAUGAUAGGUUGGGAUAAAGUGGAGAGAAAUAGUGAGAUGAAAAAGUAUGUGGAUUUACGUUCCACUGUGGACUAUCUCAUGCCUUUAAAAUUCAAGAUUCUAACCUAAAUUUUACCAGAAAUAAAGCCAUACAGCCGAUGUUUUCAAUGAAUGAUGUCAGCCAGAAACCUAACCUAAAAUAGUUUGUUUAUUUAGUUUCGAGUUGUAGGUAUAUUGUUCUGAUUGUUUUUUUCGUAAUGGAACGUCAAAUAAGACGCACUGAUCCAAAAAUUUUCCUAUUAACAUGUUUUAUGUUCUAUUUAAUGGUAUAAAAAUUUCAUCAAACAUCCUGCAGGCAUUUCUUGUUCAGAAAACUUUUGCAACAAACUUGCACCGUGAAAAACUGCUUUUAAGAAGAAAAUAUUCAGUAUACAUUUGGAUAAAAAAAGUAACUUUGAUAAACCAUUUAUUAAAAUAAAAAUUACUGAUAUUUAAAUGAUCAUUACAUUCGGCUGCAUUUUUACGUUUUGAAGUAAAUUUGGAGUAGUUCCGCUAUUUUUUGAUGGAUUGAUAUUAAAACAUUUGAUGUUUAAAUUACUUUUGUGGUUACCUAUAAGUGUUAUCGUUGCUUCUAGAUAAUGUGAUUGCGAUCGGAUAUCAAAAAUUAAAAAUUAUUUCACGUAUUUCUUUC